AUGGCUCAACUGCAGGGCAACAAUAUGGGUGAUAAUGGAUCUGAUCCGAAGGCUGAACAGGCUCGUAGGGAACAACAAGAAACCAUGAAAAAUAGCAUUUUACAUCAGGUUCUUGAUCAGAGUGCAAUGGCACGUUUGAGUAAUUUGUUGGCUGCGAAACCCGAGAAGGGUGCGAUGAUCGAGAAUACAAUUAUACAGAUGGCGAGAACUGGUCAAAUCGUUGGCAAAAUGAACGACGAGACUUUAAAACAGCUGCUCGAUCGUAUCUCCGAAAAAACACACAAAACCACCACUGUUAAGGUGAUUCGCGUGUUUAUCAGUUUUCAUUCAUUACUUAACUGA